AAGGAUCAACUUCGAUUCGCGAGGGUUGUAGGGGCAAGCCACACAGGCAGUUCUAACUUAUUGUACCAUAUCACACUGGAGGCAACCGAUGCUCAUAUGCAAAAGAUUUACCAUGCAGUGGUUUGGUUGCAACUGUGGAGGAACUUAAUGGAUUUGCUAGUGUGGAGGCGAGUUAAUGAUGCCUUAUCUGCUGUUGGUGUUAAGCGCGGUGAUUUGAAACUACAUGAAGCUGUUAUGAUUCAAUUGAAGAAAGAUCUCCCUUCCAUCUGAAUAUGUGACAAUCCUAGGUAUUUGGAACUUCGGGUUAGUUUUGCUUGUCUAACUUCAUGUGUUUAUGAGGCAACAAAGAACUAUGCAAUUUGCAAUGUAAUUAUAUUACUUUUCACCUGCAGAAACAAUGCUAGAUGUUUACACUUGCAUUGUUUAAUCUCCCAUAACAUGCAUACUACAACUCAUAAACGGCUCAUUGUAACUAGAAAUGCGUACCAGAUGAUGUUGCCCACUGCCCUUUGUAAAUUUUUGAAAAGUUCUCUUUUGAAGAUUUUCAAUCUUAGCAUAUUGUGAAAAUUUUCUAGUGCCUCGAGUGUAUAUGAUUUGCAGUACAGAUCUUGCAAAGAAGCUCCAUGGCAGCCAUGAAUUUCUUAUUUGAAUUUUGGAGGUGGUUAUUUUUUGUGAAUAAUGUAAAACUUUUAGAAGAGAACGUAAUCCAUUGCUUGCAGCAUCCUAGAUUAACAUUGUAUUAAUGAUCAGGUUAGAUAGCAAU